UAAAUGCGAUAGUGCGUGUUCGCCUUGCUUGAAGAACCCCCGCGAUUUUUAACAAUGCUGAGAGCGACAUCCAAACGCGCUAGUUCAUCAUUACGAAACCCCUGGCGCUGAACCAGCCCCCGACAAGGUGUAGGUGUUUCUGUUCAACUUCUGAGGUGUGAUCUACAAACACCAAUGGGAUUCGGGGCUGCAGUUUGAUAAGGCAUGUUUUUCAAGCAGGAGUUAGCAGAACAAUGAAUGUGACCUCACCAAAAUCAUCCUUGGCAAAACUCGGAUUUCAUCCAAGACAGAAAUCAUUGAAGGUGAUGGUUUUGGGUCAAGGAGGCGUCGGAAAAACAGCAAUGGUUGUAAGGUUUAUAACGAGAAGAUAUAUAGGAGAAUAUGAUCCUAGUUUAGAGAAGAUAUAUACUUAUCAUACUGUUAUCGACAAUGAAAUGCUGUGCUUCGAUGUCUUGGACACCGCUGGUCAACUCAAUGAAAACGAAUGCCUAUCACUUGAAGCAAACAUAAAAUGGGCAGAAGCCUUCAUCUUGAUGUAUUCUGUGACAGACAAAUGCUCUUUCGACGAGUGUUAUCGCCUCAAGUUUCUCAUAAACUACAACAAGAAAAGGCGGAGGAUAGCUAAGGACGCUGCAUUGGAUGUCCCCGUUGUCCUAGUAGGCAACAAGAUCGAUCAGGUUGAGGACAGAAUGGUAUCGUCGGAGGAAGGACAGAAAAGGAGUAAAGAAAUUGGAUGCGUUUGUUUUCACGAAAUUUCUGUGAGGGAAAGUAUAGACCAGGUAUGGUCAGUAUUCAGAGACGUCUGCCGGUUUUGGAGAGUUCAUAACAAAAAUCCGAGUAGACUGCGUAGAGCUGCCAGCGACAAAGAUGCAACCUCCCCAGACCACUUAAGAUACUUCCCACACACAGUUUCCCCAAGUAGCAUCCUGCCAAACUUCUGCCGAUCGGGGAUUCUAGGUAGAAGAUGGACGGAAGGAGAAUUAGAAGAAGGCGAUGAAUCCAGAGAAAAAAGUAUGGAGGAUUCAGCUUCAAGCCCAUCCGACAGUGCCCCCUUCAGGGAAAGAGCAUCUACAGAUGGCCAUCUGCACCAGAUCAAGUGCAAACCUUGGAAAUGGAGACAUCCAACAGCUAACUCAAACAGCUCUUCCAGUAGUUCUGGAGAGUUGUAUUCGAGUAGAAACGAUAGGAGAAUGAGUAUAUCUAUGAGAGGAAAUAAUGCUAGUUAUUGAGAGAUUGUUCUGUAGUUGAAUCGGUUUGGUCCACUACCCUCUAAUGAUGUACCUAUAUUUCAAUUCCUAAUUUGUGUAAUCGUUACUGAGAAUUGUUGAGAGUAACAAACGAAAUCUUGUGUAUUCUGAUGGAAAUGAUUUUAUACAAGACAAUAAAAAACUAAGCUUAAUCCAAAGACCAUUUUAUCACUGUGAUUUUAUCGAAUAUAUCUUUAUAUUAUAA